AUGUCUGCUCCAUUCAACUGGCAGGAUAUAGUGGCAGCCAAGCGGGAGCAUCGCGCCUCGCUCAUCCCGCAGCAUUGGCAGAUCAAGGUUCACGACCAAGUGGCAGAAUACAAUCCUCUCAAAACGUUACUAGAGAGCGGCGUGUUGACACCGGAGGAACUCGACUUGACCAACACAAGCAAACAUGAUGCUGUUGGAACUCUCAGCCUGAUCGCUGCUGGAAGCGUAAGCGCCGAGAACCUCGUCACUUCGUUCUGCAAGCGAGCUGCUGCGGCGGACAGUUUGACCAAUUUCAUCACCGAGGUCAACUUUGAGAGAGCCAUUCUGCGUGCAAAGGAGCUUGAUAAGCACCUGAAAGAGACUGGCAACGUCGUCGGACCGUUGCAUGGUCUACCCAUCACCGUCAAAGACCAUAUGGAUGUCGAGGGACACGAUUCAUCUGCCGGCAUUGCGGCCUUCUGUUUCGACCCUGCAAAGUCCAACUCGUACCUUGUACAGAUCCUCAUUGAUUCUGGCGCUGUCGUCGUUGCCAAAACCAACGUCCCCCAAACCUGUCUCGCCGCAGACACCAUCAACGUAGUGUUUGGGAGAACUCUGAAUGCACACAAGAGCGGCUUCGGGGCCGGUGGCUCGUCUGGCGGUGAAGGUACUGCUCUCGCCAUGGGUGCAUCUCUCUUCGGACUGGGCUCCGACGGCGCUGGGUCUGCUAGAAUGCCCGCGAUGGCGAAUGGCGUCGUCGGUUACCGACCCAGCGGCUAUCGUCUCCCCGCCGAUGGCAGAUCCAUUCUGGACCCUGGCAUCAUAGGCAUCACACAGUUGGGCCCCGUGGCAACAUUUGGCUUUAUGGGUCACUCAGUUAGAGAUAUUCGACUGAUAACGAAGCUGGUCAGUGAUUUCAAGCCAUGGGAGAAGGACCCCUUUUUGUAUCCGUCUCCCUGGUUGAGCAUCACGGCGCCAGCAAGGCCUCGUAUUGGAGUUUGGGCCCUGGAUAUAACUAACAAUUUUUGUCAUCUUUUUCCUCCUGUGAGGCGAGGCUUUCUAGCAGCUCAGGAGCGUCUGCGGCUGGCUGGAUAUGAGUUGGUCGAGUUUACACCGCCAGACAUGUCCGAGGUCUGGAAUCUCUGCAAGGCAUUUAUCCAUGUCCAGGGAAUCUCUACAUUGACCAAGGAAAUUUCAAAGGAGCCGACCAUGGACAUUGUGGAAAAGACGGGUAUUCUGGGGUCCCGAUGGUCCAAGGGAUUGAAGAUUGAGGACGUUCACGAGCUAAACCAGAAGCUUGCGCUCCUCAACAUCCAGAUGAAGCAAGCAUGGAACGCGAGUGGUAGUCCGCUCGAUGCUCUCCUUUGGGUGACAAGCCCCAACCCGGCUCUUCCCAUUGACGAGUGGACAGAUACUACCUUUACAACUGUUUUCAACGCGGUUGACUGGCCGGCCAUCUCCCUGCCUUUAGGCAUGAAGUGCGACAAAGAGGUUGAUGUCCCGUACAAAGACUUCCAACCCUUUAGCACUGAAGAUGCUCGACUCCAGGCUCUGUAUGAACCUCAUAGGUUCCAUGGACUUCCACUGUCGGUACAGCUGGCAGGCCAAAAGUUUGAAGAUGAGAAGCUUCUUACUAUUGCGGAAUGUAUCCAUCCCAUUAUGGGAAAUAUUCAGUAG